AUGAAGCCUCAGCACGAAACCAGCACCAGCGACGGCGCCGACUACUGGAAGGAACGAAUGGAGACCGUGCGGCAUUGGGAUGCUCCCGAGACUCGGGAGCUCCUGGACGGCGACGACUCUUGGAGAAGCGCACAGAACGAAGCAGACGCGCUCGCCAAGAUUGCGGAUCACGUCUGGGUUCUCGCGUCGUGGAUCGAGCUGAACGAGGACGUGGCGCAUUCUUACGCGGCUUGCGCCAACUCGAGCGACGUCAAGUGUGAGGAUCACGGUACUGGACAUGAAGACAAAACCUUGUUGGCCGGAUAA